GACGACUAUGCCACGGACCGUCCGGAUGCAAGCGCAUCCACACGGCGGACGAGGCCCUCUCAGACGACAGCGCCACAGAGCCGGAUUACUCUCGACCGCAGCCUCUGCGCUGGCUAGCAGCAGUCUGGUCUGAGAGUUUCUUCCGCGUAUUGUUACAGUGCUCUAGAAUAUUCUAGAGCACUGUAGUAUUGUGAGAGUAUUCGACAAAAUGGAGGCCGGCAGAAAGCGACGUUUGGCCGCGAUGGCUGUUGUUGUGUCAGAAAUUGACGAGGACUUUGAUUUGCUUCCACGAAAACGGCGUUGUUGGCGGAAAGACUGGAUAGGAAGGAAAGAAUUGGGGAUCCAGAACCUGCUCUACGAAGAGCUCCUGAAGACUGACCUCGACGAAUACCGGAGGCUACUUCGUGUUAGCAGAGAGCAGUUUCUGCAACUGCUGUCACGCGUGGGGCCCCGCAUACGAAGGGGGGAUACCGUUAUGCGCCGUUCUAUAUCGGCGGAAACACGGCUGCAGGUGACACUGCGGUACCUUGCUUCAGGAGAGAGUCACUAUUCCCUGAGCCGACAGUUUAGGCUCGGUCAUUCAAGUGUGAAUGACAUUAUACAUGAAACAUGUACUGCCAUUUACGAGGAACUGGGAAGCAACUUUAUAAGAACACCCCGCACAGAGGAGGAAUGGAAAUACGUGAUGGAAGGCUUUGAUAACAAGUGGAACUUCCCGAACUGCAUUGGGGCCAUGGAUGGCAAGCACGUACUCAUAAAGAAGCCACCAAAUUCGGGAACUAUUUACAGGAACUACAAGAAAAGCUUCAGUAUAAUUCUCUUCGCUGUCGUCGACGCAAAUUACCGGUUUUUGUACACUGAUGUCGGUGCACCAGGCUCAGAAGGAGACGCUGCGGUCUGGCAAACGACACCCCUACAGAGAGACGUAGGAAACAGAAGUGCAGGCCUGCCAGAACUUGUGAAGGUGUCCAGCUCACCUGAUGUGCUCUUUCCACCUGUGUUCGUUGCAGACGACGCAUUUCCUAUGGGACGGAAUUUAAUGAAACCUUUUGGGGGCACAAAUCUGACAGAAGAUAAGAAGAUCUUUAAUUACAGGCUGUCAAGGGCUCGCCGUGUCGUCGAAAACGCUUUUGGGAUACUGGCAAACCGCUUCGGGUGUUUCCACACAGUCAUCAAUGCAUCUCCAGAGAGGGUGACUGCCAUCGUGAAUGCGGCAUGUGUGCUGCACAAUUUUUUAGGCAACGAUGUCAUCAGCGUGCCAGACUUAAAAGUCGAACCAAACCCUGCUGGGUCACUCCUGUCCGGCCAAGCAGCGUCGCGUGGUAGAAUUGGUGCUGUUGGUGCUGCAGUGCGUGAUAAGCUGUGUUCGUUCUUCAAUGACACGGGCGCCGUGCCAUGGCAGCGGCAGUUUGCCCACUUGGAUGUGAGCAUCUACAGAAAACCUCGAAAUUGAAUACAGAUGUCAACACUGAAAUGGAAUGAACAUUUUAUUUUUUCUGCGUGUUAUUAAGCUUCCAUGUGCCUUUGCAUCACCUGCAGCAUUUCCACUUGGCAUGACAGCUGCCUUGUUUUCGGUAUCGCCCGCAUAGUCGCAGCGACAAGCUUCCCGAAAUGCUCACACGCAUCGUCAGUGAUCGCAGGUUGUGUUGGCUGCAUGUUUACGGCUAUUUUUUCGAGGACCUUUUGCCGCUGCGACCACAUGUCUUCGCGCGGAUUACAAUUCCGCCGUCUUUUUCUGGUCGGUGCUGCACUUAAGGAUGUACUUGGUGCUGCGGAGAGGUCGGUGUGCGGUUCAAUCUCUCUCUCCGUGGUGCAGCCUUCACCGAGGACAGCGUCAUCAGCUGUGGCAGCCUCAUCCACCGAGGCAGCCUCGUCCACUGCGGCCGCGUCUGGUGUCUUAUCAGUGUCCUGUGACACAGGAGGCUGCAACAAAGGGGUUCUGAAUCAAAUAAAUCGUAAAAGAACGAAAUUUCUUGCCUGCAGCAGAAACAAAGUAACAACGUUUUACUUCAAUUACAUUAACGCUUGGGAGGACCAAAUUCGCUGUGAUAACGCGUUAUAUUGGAGGCAUCCGAAUACGGCUACAAAACGUGCAGAACAUUAUUGAACACAACUGAAUGUCCCUUCUGGG